AUGCCGUUGAUGAAAACCUUUAGCCACCAAACGGGCCUUAGAGCACUUCCAACACCAAGGGCUGGGGGGGGGUGGUUUAGGCCCAAAAACAGUUUCCAGCAACAAGGGCUGGCCAGGGCAAUUGUUGGGGCCCACAAAACCAGGCCAGCCCUCAAGCAAGAUGAGCUCGAGUUCAACUCCGAGCACAUUCUGGUACUGCAAACCCUAGCUCUGCUUUCUACAUCAAGAUGGGGUUGCAAAGCCAGAGACAUAAGCAUCUCACAAGGGAAAAUUUCAGAGACUGGGAUCCCAAAGUACAGCGUACAGAUUGCGAACGAGUGUGUUUUUGACUGUGCUGCUUCAGACAUCCACGUCCACUGUGGUCAGUUUGCCUCUACAGAAGUUAUGAACCCAGCUGAGUUCAGGAGGCUCUCUUUUGAUGAUUGCUUGGUGAACAACGGACAGCCUUUGAAGCCCCAUCAGCUCAUCAGCUUCACUUACUCCAACACCUUCAUGUACCCCCUUGCUUUCAAGUCCGCAAAGUUUAUUUGCUAA